UGUUAUUGAGAGAGAAAUUAGAGGAAAAACUAAAAUCUGCUAAAUAUUGAUUUCUUGAUUUUACAAUUUUUGAAUUUGAUUUCUUGAUUAUACAGCUGACGACAAAACAGCAGCAACUGUGCUUUCUUUAUUAGUAAAGAGAGUAUGCUAAUGGUUGGAGUGGGUGGUCUUGAGAGAGAAGGUAGCUAGACGAGCCAGAAGCCACCCAAAAACCAUUGAAAAAUAAGGCUUCUUCAAUGAAGAAACAAGGCUGUGAGAUUGAAGCUAGAGGGAUCACCUUCAAGAUUUCCACCCAGAAAAGAAACUACCCUUUUAAAAUCUUCAAUGAAGAUCAACAAAUUAAUCAGGAACUCAAACCAAAUCUUGCAGAAAAGCAUCUUCUUAAUGGCGUUAAUUGCAAAGCAAAGCCAUCGGAAAUCCUUGCCAUUGUUGGUCCAAGUGGAGCUGGAAAAUCAUCCUUGCUUGAAGUCCUCGCCGGAAAACUUACCCCACAAAAUGGUUCCAUUCUUGUCAACCAAAAUCCUGUCGACAAGGCUCAGUUCAAGAAGAUAUCAGGCUAUGUCACACAGAGAGACACACUUUUUCCUCUACUCACAGUGGAGGAAACCCUUAUGUUUAGUGCCAAGCUGCGUCUGAGGCUUCCUGAAGAACAACUGAUAUCAAGGGUUAAGUCCUUGGUCCAAGAACUUGGCCUGGAGCAUGUAGCCAUGACUCGUGUGGGUGACGAAAGGGUUCGUGGGAUUUCCGGCGGAGAAAGGCGUCGAGUUUCGAUUGGAGUUGAUGUCAUACAUGACCCUAAAGUUCUAAUUCUUGAUGAGCCAACCUCUGGUCUUGAUAGUACUUCUGCUUUACAGAUUAUUGGCAUGCUUAAGGUUAUGGCGGAAACAAGGGGUAGAACCAUAAUAUUAAGCAUUCACCAGCCUGGGUUUCGCAUUGUGAAGCUGUUCAAUUCAAUACUUUUGAUGGCUAAUGGGUCGGUUUUACAUCAUGGAACGGUGGAUCAGCUUGGAGUUCAUUUGAGGACAAUGGGGAUGCAGCUUCCUCUUCAUGUUAAUGUUGUUGAAUUCGCUAUCGAAUCCAUUGAAGCCAUUCAGCAGCAGCAGCCAGAAAGUACUCCGGUAUCGACAGCCCAACAGCAGAUCAAGAAAGCAGAGGAAGGUGAUAGUAGAAGUGGCAAGUUCACUCUUCAACAGCUCUUUCAGCAAUCUAAAGUUGUCGACGAGGAAAUUAUCAAUGCUGGGAUUGAUUUUCCUCGCGGAUUUGCAAAUUCCAGGUUUCAGGAGACUGUAAUUCUCACUCAUAGAUUCUCCAAGAACAUUUUUCGAACCAAGGAGCUCUUUGCAUGCAGGACAAUUCAAAUGUUGAUAUCUGGGCUUGUUUUGGGUUCCAUCUUUUCCAAUGUUAAAGAUGAUUUGACAGGAGCAGAAGAAAGGGUAGGCCUAUUUGCUUUUACAUUAACAUUCUUACUCUCUUGCACAACAGAGGCUCUGCCAAUCUUCUUGCAAGAAAGGGAAAUUCUAAUGAAGGAGACCUCUUGUGGGAGCUACAGAGUCUCAUCCUAUGCAGUGGCUAACGGGCUUGUUUACUUGCCAUUCCUACUGAUUCUAGCCAUAUUAUUCUCUAUCCCAUUAUAUUGGCUGGUGGGUCUAAAUCCAAAUUUCACAGCAUUCAUCCACUUCCUGCUCUUAAUCUGGUUGAUUCUCUACACUGCAAAUUCAGUUGUGGUAUGCAUCAGUGCUCUAGUACCAAAUUUCAUUGUUGGAAAUUCAGUGAUAUCAGGGGUGAUGGGAUCUUUCUUUUUGUUCUCUGGCUACUUCAUCUCCAAGCAUGGGAUUCCAAACUACUGGAUGUUCAUGCAUUAUAUAUCACUUUUCAAGUACCCAUUUGAAGGAUUCUUGAUAAACGAGUUCUCAAGAUCAGGGAAAUGCUUGGAAUACAUGUUUGGAACAUGCAUGGUUAGAGGAGAAGAUGUGCUAAAAGAAGAAGGAUAUGGAGAGGAAAGUAGGUGGAGAAACGUGGUGGUAAUGGUGUGCUUCAUCUUUGUUUACAGGUUUAUUUCUUAUGCGAUUCUAAGAUGUAGAUGCUCUGUCACAAGUCUCAAGGCUUCUCUGGUUUGAUGAAUCAGACUGUUUGCUCUCUAUAAUCUCUCCCUUUCACGAGAGUUCACAAGAUGGUUCACAUGUUUUUGGAAUUUACUUAAGAUAGCAGCCAAAAAUAAAUAUAUGUCAGAUAAUAAAAAAACAAAUGUAAUAUAUUUUAUGAACAAUGGAACAUCAUCCAUGUCUCUCUUUUCCUA